AUGAAAGUGUUCACUGCCCUUACCACCAUGGCUGCUCUUGUCAGUGCAUCCACCGUGCCAUCGUUUCGAGGCAACCAGCCCCAUGGCAUCCAACCACGUGCCGGCGCUUCCGUGGACUUUUCGGACCACCACAAAGCCCCCGCGGGGACCAACGGCCGGAAGUUGCAAGAUUCGUUCCGAACUCGUUACAACGUCGGCUUUUACUCGGUGGUAGACGUUCCCGAGGACCGCCACCUGGCAGCCCAGCAAGACAAGGAGAGCGAACUUCGUGGAGCUACUCGCCCGCAGCGCCGCCUCAGUUUCGAUGAUGCUGCCGCGCCAGUGGACCGUCACUUGGCAGCUGAGCAAAGAUUCCAAGAGCUGAAUUAUGUCGGCAUUUUGUCUCGGGGUGCAGCCCAAGAAGAAGGACCCACUCGUAGCCUGACCGACUACCUCUUUGUGCCCGUGCUGCCCAGCCCUCCGAAACGCACAGCUCGAACCCCCAAGUCCAGUGGAGCUGCAACGGAUACGCACGAGCUUCCGCACGGUGCAUCCGUUGGAGUGGACUCCGUAAUCUUGGACGGACCCAGCCGUCGCCUUGCUGGUCAGCAACAGCAUGCCGGGCAAGAUCUGUUCACUGUUGGGUUGGAUACCUUGAGAGACUUCCUCUUUGUGCCCGUGCUCCCGUACUCGAUUGGUGCGGACGAAGCCAAGGCGGAGCCAACGCCGUCGGACGAUGCUGGCGCGGUCGGCAUCCAACAAGUUGGUCAUGAAUCGCCAUCCGACUAG